CUCCCGCUGCCACAGUGCCACUUGCUAGUUAUCUGGUAAUGGCGUCGUCGCCUGCCCUCUCCUCCGCAGCUCCUCCCCUCCUUCGCCACCAGCGCGGCCGCCGCCACCGCCUCCUUACGACGCAAGCCUACUUCAUCCGCUACCGAAUUCCAAACCCCCUCCUCCACCGCCGCUCCUUCAUCCUAUCCUCCGCUUCCUCUCUCCUCCUCACCCAACCCAGCGCCGCCGACACCGUCCCUCCGUCCGACCGCCUACAACCCUCCAUCGUCACUGAUCGCGUCUUCUUCGAUUUCGGCCUCUGCCCUAGCUACCUCCGCUCCGAUCGGCCUCUCGGCUUCGACCUCGCCGCCUGCCCCGACACCGAGCCCCUCGGCCGCGUCGUCUUCGGCCUCUACGGCAAGAUCCUUCCGCAGACCGUCGCCAACUUCAAGGCGGUAUGCGCCUCCGCGGCCUACCGCGGGACGCUCGUCCACAAGAUCAUCCAGGGCCAGUUCUUUGUUGCCGGCCGGCAGGGGCGGAAGGAAAAGCGGGAGGUCCGGCCGCCACCCGGUCUGGCGCGCAACAUGGAGACCGUCGACCCCAAGGCGUUCCAGCUGAAGCAUUCUAGGCCCGGAACCCUAUCACUGUGCUUGUCGGAGAACGAUGAUAAUGAAUCCGUCAAGCUCGAGCCUGAUUACCACAAUGUAGAGUUUUUGGUGACCACUGGGCCGGGGCCAUGCCCACAGCUUGACAACGAGAACAUUGUGUUUGGCACUGUGCUCGAAGGGAUGGAUGUGAUCACCAGUAUAGCUACCAUUCCCACAUAUAAGCCAGCUGAAAGGAUUCGACAAUUUAAUGCUUUUGCACAAUUCCUUGGGGAUGAGAGAGCUCAGAUAGCUCGUAUGAUGUGGAAUCGGCCUCUAGAAACUAUUUAUAUCAGUGACUGCGGGGAGUUGAACGUGGCAACACCUUCACUUUCACCUAGCUUGCCCUAACUUGGCUGUGUAUUUCUGGAAUUGCUCUAUGCCAAAUGCAUCGAAUACCACUGCUACUCGAAGAGGCCUCUGCUGCAGAGGCUCGCCGUGCAAAGCAUCAAGCUCGAUUGCCAGGACGCGAUCGUCCGGUGUCCGACAAUGAGCUCCGAAUAGGAAUAGCCAACUAUAGAGUUCAGAGACAAGGAGAUGCCAGCAACUAAAGCGGCAGCGGCAGAGAAGCCCAAGCACUGAACUCCAUCAAAUCCUUAUCAAAAGUGUAAUUCACAAAAGAUGUGUGCUUGCUUAUGUCCUUUGCCAAGGAGCUACAGAAAACAAAGUUGGUUUCUUGAACAGCAAUUCAUUUUCUUCUUUCCUUCUCAUAUCUCAUCAGGAAUGUUUUGUUGUUUGCAGAUAGAGAAUAGUAGUUUAUAGAGCUUUUUGCAUUCAUACCUGUCUAAAUUCUCAUCGAAGAUUAGCCCCAAAUCAGCUAUUUCACGUUUCAGUUGCUCGAAAGUGAUAGAGUUUGUCCCACCUGUCAAGCCAAGCUUUUACCUUGUCACCAUUGAAGAUUUUGAAGCUAGCUGAACCCCAUCAAGAAGUUCAGAACUUUGCCAAGAUACUUCCGCACAUCGAGCCAUAAUGCGUGCAUGCUGGAGGAGGGACCGGACACCAGUCGCAAAGUGAGAUGCUUUGGUUAAUCAAACUAAUUGUUCGGGUUA